AUGACGGAGUUGUUCUUUAUGCGCCACGGCAAGCGCAUAGACCACGCGCUCCUCACGGACCCCACGGCCACCGCUAUAUACCCCGACUACCUUCCCUACGACCCGUCGCUCGCCACCAGCUCCAUAGAUCAGGUGGCCAGCGUCUGUGAAGACAUCGCCAAUACCACCACCGCAUUCGAUCCACCACCAAGCAGCAGCCCCAGCCCCGGCCCCACCCACAAAAAGAACAUCUUCAUCCAUUUCUCGCCGUACCUCCGCUGCUGCCAGACGGCUGACCUCAUCAUCACUCACCUCAAGCCCAAGCUCGAAUCUCGCUUUCCCAAUUACAAACUCAGGUUCCAGCUCCUAGGCGACUUUGCCCUCAGCGAGUGGCUCCAUGAGCGCAUGAAGGAUAAGCCUCCGUUCUACGACCUGAACGACGCCUAUCAGAUGUAUACCCCCAACAUCAAGCUCUUGAAAAACCGGUCGGCGUGCUCCAAUUUCAGACCCACCAAUACGUUGGGUCACUAUAAUGGCUACGACUUGAGCUACAAGGACUACCAGAACAACUGCCGCGAGUACUUCAAGAAGCUCUUGGCCACCUACGACAAGCCAUCGUACUUGAACAAUAAGGAUAUCAUCAUCGUCGUUAGUCACGGCUAUUUCAUUAAUAACCUUCUACUGUACUUUGUGACCCACCCCAUUUUCGACGAGAUCCCCGAGUGCAAGCUCAACUACGCACGCAAGGAGUUGGUCGACCCCGAUACCGGAGUCUUCAACUGGGUGUUGGUGAAGGAUGCAUUAGACAUGUUCAACUUUGACGAUAUCGACAAGCUGUUGAACUUGGAAACAGACAUUGUCUACUACAAAACCAACUUCAUCAAGCGGGACGAGUUGAAUCAGAAGAACAACAAUCUCACCAUCAAGCAGGAGGAUAACCCACGGCCAUCGUUCAUUUUUCGUCAGACGUCCGAGAACACCAAGGACAACUAUAAGAAUUCGGCCUUUCUCAACAACCCCAUAUGUCCGGCGGCCAAGGACUGGACUCCUCAAACGGCCCGUAAGUUUGAGAUAAAACAUGAGUUCAAGCUCAAAAUGAUCCAGGAUGAUGUUUUCAAGACACACUUUGAUAUCACCAAGCCGCCUCUGCACCCCAUUUCGCCGGAGGUGUCGCCUAACUCCGAGCCCACCCAUAAUAACUCGGUGAUCGACUUGAGCCGGAUCGGUACUGGUGAACACUACCGUCCCAUGAAGUUGCGGUACUCCACCACCGCCGAGAUCCCCAUUGAAACCCUCAACAAAAAGGUUAACUCACAGUUGAACUUGGCUAACCACCAACGGUCGUACUCGCUGUCCAACAACUCGUCCAUCACCGACUUCCCUAAGUUCGGCACCUCCAAACGGACCCGGGAUUCGUACUUUUCACUUUCGCAGAGCCCUAAACUUACGUCCACCAUGAGCGACGAGCUGUUCGACCAAAUGGACGCCGAGUCCAUCGACAGUAACGACCUGCAAGACAGUAGGCCCAAGGUUCGACAUCCACCCAACCCGCUUUUGGGAAGGUCCAAGUCCUUGAAGUAUAAGGAAGAAUUGGCCCUCAACGGAGGAAGGUCUAUUUUAGCCUUGUACAAAAAGCAGCGAGAGCAGGAACAAAACCCCAACAAUAGCAGUGAUGACGAAGGUAAUUUCACCUUAUCUUUUCAGCAUAAAUAUCCGUCAUCCAAGUCUGCCAAUGCCAUCAAGCCCCAUUCACAUCCUUCACAAACCCAUGCUUCCCCUCCACAGACGCAAACUCGAUCUAGAAAAGGCUCCAUCAAGUUUAUUCCUUCUGUGUUGAACUACGGAACCAGCCCCAUCGACCGAGAAUCCAAUUCCACCCCUCUUGGUAUGUACCAGACUCCGCUGAAAAAAUCGCAGUCGAUGUUCUACAACUUGAAUUCUGACGACAGUGACUCGAACAUGGAGCUGCCGGUGUCGUCAGAUGAUGAAGAGGAAGCGACGGACCCGGUUAUUUACAGGGGCAACAACGACCAAAAGAAUAUGUGGUUUGGCCAAAACGCUAAAUAGGUCCGAUGAAGCAACGAACUCAUGUGUACAUAGUAUAUAAUAUUACAGCAGCACUCACUCUUGCUCAAGUUUGAAACUUUUUGAACUCGUUCACCAACACGCUCUGCUCCUCUGCCGUCAAGGCAAAUGCGUUCUUAUAGAGCAGAAUCGUUUCCCUUAGUGAAAACUCCUUGGUGGCUCGACCUUCUUCGAUUUCUUUCAAGAGCAGCUCGAGUCUUUUUCGUAAAAACGGCUUGGACAAUGAGAUGUUGUUGGCGAAGCUGAUACUGCUGAAGGCUUCAAUGAGCCCCAUUCCCAACUCGGUGGGUAAUAUGAUAUGGCUUUUGCCGGUCUUCUUCUUGGUGAUAUACAGACGUUGUUCUAUUUUGUGGAUGUGCUCGGCGAUGGUGGCAUCGGUUCCAAUCCCAUUGGCAUCCAUCAAUGCAAUUAGUUCGGUUUCGGUCAUAUGAUUAGGAGGUGAGGUUUUACCUUCUUUAACUUCAGCGGACUUCAAAUUGACCCGCUCUCCUGCUACAAAAGGCGGGAGUUGUUCGGUCGACAGCCAGGUCCGGUAGGUGUAAACAUCCAAAUAGUUCUUUUCGGUGACUUCAAGACCCGAGGCUCUAAACGUCUCGUUUCCCCAUUGGAGCUCGGCCACCGUUUGAAACCCUUUGGCAUCUGUAGAGCAACACGCUAGAAACCGUCGCACCACAUAUUCGUACACCUUGCGUUGUUUGUCGUUGGUGAUGGUUUCAAGGUUCACGUACUUCACGGGAUGGAUGGGAGGAUGGGAUUUAUCGUUGUUUCUACCUUUCCGUGGAAUACCAUAUUUCCCAUCCACAGUCAUCAAACUGGUGGCAUAAUGCCCCCACCGUGAGUCUUGUGUGUGUGUUUGUAUGAUACUUCGGAGGUCCAUCUCGGGGGGGAACAUGUCGGUUUCGGUUCUUGGAUACGAGAUCCAUCCGCUUUGAUAGAGCUUUUCAGCCGCAUCCAAGGCUUCUUUGGCACUCAUCUUGAAGUAGGUGGCACAGUCUUUUUGAAGCAGCACUGUUGUCAAAGGGAACGGCUUGAAGUUGGAGGUGGGUUUUCUGGUGACACCUUUUAUGGUUCCAUGGGUUGAUUUCAUGCAUUCCUCAUAGAGCAUCACCACAAACAACCGAUCAAAAAAAUGGGUUUUGGCCCACAGAAACAGCACCGUUUGGUUCAGUUUCUCGACACUAGUGGAAAUGUACCAGAACUUUUCGGGCACAAAGUUCUUCACCCGUUUGUACCGGUCAACCACAAACCCUAAUGUAGGGAACUGGCACGUCCCAUACGACACAAUCUCGUCCACAAGCUUGCUUCUUCUGAGAAUAUCGGUCAAGAGCCGUGUGAAACUGGCCCCAACCCGUAGGUCGACCUCCUGUCGGCAAUGCACCGCUUCCACCGUCUUCAUGUUCAAGUUCUGGGGAUUUCGAGCAGCAGAGAGAAUAUGAUUCUUCUCCAAAUGGGAGAAGUGAGGCCUCCACACCGACGAGAGAGAC